AUGUCUUUUGUCCAAUCAGAACUGAUGUCUGAGAUAUUGACCGUCUCUUGUCCAAUUAGAACUCGUCUGAGAUACAGACAUGUCUUUUGUCCAAUCAGAACUCGUGUGAGGGAGGUGCGUGAGAGCCAGAAGGUGUUCUCUGCCCUUGUCAGUUCCAUGGAGAAGAGCCACAAGGCCGUGGUGGCAGCCAUUGAGGAGAGACAGGGGGAGGAGGAGAGGAUUGUUGAGAAGCUGGUGAAGGAGCUGGAACAGGAGAUUCUACAGCUGAGGAAUGGAGACACUGACCUGGGGCCUUGUCAUUCUCAGCAGAGCCAUGAUGAGCUCUGUGGGGGUGGUGGUCAGAAGAGUGUUGCAGUGAGCACCACUUCCACCACGGGCUACUCUGAGAGGAGGGACUGGUCCAAAGGUUUCCAUGGAGACGGACCCCUGUAUGGGCGUGACCAGGAGAGCAGUGUCAGACCUGAUGGACGUGCUUAA